UAUCUCAUUAAAAGAAGGGUUUAGUUAUCUUUUAGAGUUCUUGAAAAACUGGUUUUCCAGAAAACGGGGUCUUCAAGAGUCAUGGGCCCGAAUCCUUUUAGGAUUUUCUUAGUCUCACUGAGUCCUACUCAUAGCCAAAAUAUGGAGUCAAACGGCGUCCGACAGUUGGAUAGGUUCCCUCGUAAGCAUCACUUCAUAACGUGUUCCUCUUUGUCUCUAUCUUUCAGGCUCCACCCGUUACAUUCCAUGUGAUUGGUUUCGGUGAAGUUAACGAUCAAUUUCUCAAUCAAAUUCGGACAUUCGGUACACGUCAAGGUCUAUUUCGUUAUUCAACAGAAUCAAGAGAAUUACAGAACAAUUUCAAUGACAUGUUUGAGUACGCAUUGAAUGUUCGUGAAUUCACUAUUAAACUGUCAAACGGGAAAAGUUACAGCAUGUAUAGUAGUGAGCGUGAAACAAUUGGUUUUCUAACCGACGAUGAUACGGAUCUCAGCUCAGUUACAGAGUUGACUGUAACCGAUGAUGCAGGAGUAACGCAAAACUUUAGCUUAACCCAAAUGCAAAAUAUUCGUCCACUAAAUUCUGUACGCGCGCUAAAUUUGGUUUCACCACAAAAUGAAGAACAGGUGAAAUCGAUACAAACAUAUUUGAAUACAAUUCAAAUUACAAACAGUAAAAAUUUGAUGGAACGCUUGGAAGUUGAACAGAUUUACAAAGAAAUCGAUGAACGAAUGAUGAAAUAUCGUCAACUUUUUACACAGCUGAAAAUGAAUCAAGUACCUGAGCGUGUGAAGCUACAACUGAGUGCAUUGAGACACGAUGCAGUGUUUACUAAUGCACAACGAAAGAAAAUAUUAGACUUGAGAAUAAAUAAAAAUGCUGAUUAUUUCAAAAAGACAGACAUCAGUGGAAUACUACAAGGUUAUAAAGAUUCAAUUACACCGGAUACAUGGCAGACGAUCAAGGAACAGAAACAAGAUUGGAUUGACAUCUAUUCAAAAGACGAUAUCUAUGAAAUUAUGCGAAAGUCACCUGAUAAUAUUUUAUGCUUAGGUAUUCUCGUUCAACGUGACGAAGAAGUUAUUACCGGUCCUACAAAAGGUUUAACACUUUUGUCUGUUACAAACACAAUUAUUUCCUACGACUCAUUCAUCAAUGCAAUGAACGUGGCUAAAAACAACCAACAACAGCAGCAACAAUCAUCAGAUCAACAACAGGUACAGGGAAAGUUCGCUACUCUGAACGAUGUAUAUUGUGUAGCUGGUGCUCUGUCGAAUGAACGAAUUAAUGCCGUGAUUCCACUGUAUAUCAACGAUGAACACAUGAAACGAAUUCGAAUUUUGGAAGGUAUUUGGCUCGGUUACCUUUACACGCUAGACAGUUAUGGAUAUGACAAACAACAAGAGGUUGGUCUCUUGAAAUUGCUCUAUCAAAUCAUACAGCAACGUACACACACACAGCGACAAAAACAGAUAUUAACUGAACUUGAAAAAGUCUGCCAAUUUAUUAUCAGAGAGUCACUGGGUUUUAAAACAGCUGAACAACAAGGCGAGAAGACAUAUGAAAGACUAUUGAAUCGUACGCCAAUUAGUCAAGAAUAUGAUCUCUGUAUACCGUUGAUGAUUGGGUAUUUGAAAAAUGAUUUAAACAAUGUUCUUCUACCAAUUUACUACGAGUAUAUGAGACAAGAGUAUCAAAAGAAAUUUAAACAUAGGUCAUUUGAAGCUAAACAAGCGGUAGAAAAAUUAAUCUAUGGUUGCGAAGUAAAACAUGAGACAAUGACUGUAAGUGCACAGAAUCAAAGCAACACUGGAGAAAUGAAUAAAAAUGAUCCAGAUCACAUUGAAAAAAGUUUUAUCGCCUAUUAUCACGAUGAAUUGACUAGACCUAUUGAAUUGAUACCAGAAAAGAUGGCUACAAAUGAAAACAGUAGACCACUGAUACGGGAAGAAUGUGAAUUGGAAUAUAUUAAAAGUUUUCUAUUACCAACACCAGACUUCAUUAAAACUGUAUUGAAUUAUUGUGGAAUUGAUGAAGAUUACAUUGAAAAACAUUUAGAUUACAAUCAUUUGAGAUGGGAAUUAUUAAUUACACUUCACUAUUUGAUUAAUUUCGAUACAAAUAGUGGAGGAUUACAGAAUUUGCCCAGUGAAGAAAAAAUUCUGAAAGUAAUUGAUGAACGAUUAGAAGGUGCAAAAGAGCGUACUGUCAACUACGAUUGCUCAUCAGAAAAUGUUCAUCUUGUCAGUUACGUUAUUCUCAACUGUAAGACACUUGAAGGUUUUGGUGGACUUAUGCGUAAAUAUUGUUCACAACGCUGUGGUCCAAUAUUUACCGAAGUGAUUAAACAACUAAUUUUAUUAGACGAUGACGACAACAACACUGUUGCUGUGACAAAGAAAGAUAAACUCGCUGCUCUCUUUAGAAAUCAAAUUUCAACAGCAACAGUAGAAAAACCACUUUACGAGGACGAAGCUAUGAAAGGCUGGCGUUGGAAUUCAGAAGAUGAAAGUCAAAUUGAAAGAUUUAAACGAUUUAUUGACACAAGAGCCAUUACAGACAUUGAAUAUGAAAACUGGAACAGAUCAGACGAUAUUGAAAAAUCAGUUUUCUAUUGUUAUCGUCCACGUCCUCCCAAAAAAAGACAAAAACAUCGUUUUAUUUUGUUUUAA